AUGCCCGACUCCGUCGAGCAACACUUCCUUCCCUCUCUUCCCUCCAGCAUCCCGCUCUACACCUCGCCCACCCACGGCCCCGCCUGGUUCGCCCAACAUGUCGCUGAGCACACCAACGAUGUGUCCUCCAUCGGCGUCGCCUGCAGGCUCUCAAAGCGCGGAAAACUGAACCUCAUCGCCCUCGCCACCCCUUACGCCAUCUUUAGCCUCGCCCUGCUCUUCGAGAGCGAUGCCACCACCUACGCCGCCUCCGACAUCGCCAGCCUCGUUGGAGAUCCUGCUCGCCCACUCGUCGCUUUCGGCAUGGAGCGGAUUGCACUCCACAUCCACCGUCGUUUUCAGACGCGCACAGUCGGUGUCGACUUGGUCACCAUGAACGGCAAGCCCCGGAGCCCAGCCCAGUGGGCGGCCGAAGUUCUACCAAGCCAGGUGUUGAAGCCUCGGGUCCACGAGCUCUGGUACACCGAAAACGUCGAGUGUGUAUGUCUACGCGCAUGGCUCGCCGCAAAGGUAGCCCACGCCCCCAAGGUCCACGAUCGCGUCGCGGGCACCCCCAAGAUCGACACCCGUAAUCUUUCCCCGCCGGAGCUCUUGGUGCUCGCGAAGCUCGUUGCCAAUGUCGAGCGCCUCGAGGUCGCGAAGCCGACGGUCUUAGAGGGCGAGCUGGACCACGCAGAGACAGACGCGGACGGGCGCCUCCUCGUCCAGAACGCACGGUACAAGACCCGAAUUCGCAAGGGCGAACAGACCCAAGUCGUCUUCGAGACCGACGAAGGCAAAGUCACUGGAAAGGCCAUGGGCGCCGAUGGACGCACGACCAACGUCAAAUUAAUGGAAGGCCGUGUCCGCGGCGCCAUCCGGAGCGUGCGCGUCGAGGGUCGCGAGGAUCCCACCACUGCUGACCGAGCCAGGGAUACACUUGUGCGUCGUGCGCUCCAGGACCAGGACUUGUCUAUCGCAGACGCACUGUUUGUGAAAUUGCUGUGGUUCCCAGACCAACAUGUCUUGUCCAACGGGCAGAUGGGCAGACAACCCCAUGUCGGGGUGCUCCUUGACGAGGAUGGGAAGAAGCCUCUCAAUCCAUCACAGAAGAAGGUAGUUGCUGCGAUGUUGGAUACGGCAGAGCCGAUGGUGGUGGUUCAAGGCCCACCCGGGACGGGCAAAACGUCGACUAUCGCUAUUGCUCUCAAGAAAUGGUGCACCCAGAACGAGCCCGUGUGGGUCAUUGCUCAGUCCAACGUCGGAGUCAAGAACAUUGCCGAAAAGCUCGUGGAACCUGGGUAUGCUGUUGAUUUCAAAAUCAUCGUAUCUAAGGAGUUCCAUUUUGAAUGGCAUGAACAUCUGUAUAAGCAGGGUGUCGAGGAGCACCUGAUCAGGUCGGACGACCUACGACUUCAUGCUGACACUGAGCGCAUGUUGAAGGGAUCAAAAGUCAUCUUGUGUACUCUUGGAAUGCUCUCCAACCCCGCCCUAAUCGACUGCGGGCUCCUACGACUUGUUCCCGUUGAGCGCCUUGUGGUUGACGAAGCUUCACAGAUCGACUCAUCUGAGUUUUUGCAUCUCUUCGUCAAGUUUGAUAAGCUUAGGAAAGUCUGCAUGUUUGGCGAUCCGGAUCAACUGCCUCCAUACGGAAGAGAGCAUGCGCCAGAAAUGGCUACUAUCUUCGACUUUGCCCACCUCAAGCGCUCGAGGCAUUUCCUUGACACGCAGUACCGUAUGCCUGUCCCGCUCGGAAAUUUCAUUUCGAAAAGGGUUUAUCGUGGAAAGCUCAAGUCCAUACACCCUAUCACUAACCUUUCCUGUAUCCGAUUGGUCGAUGUACACAAAGGAGAGGAAGCUUUUGAAGGUUCAAGUUGGCAGAACGUCGAAGAGGUGUAUACGAUCGUCAACCUCGUCAAGCACUACUAUAGUGCCCGUGAAUUUUGCAUCAUCACCCCGUAUGACGCUCAACGAAGUCUGAUUGUCGCGCGACUUAAAGCGGAGAAUCUCCCGUGGCAGCAUGUGUACAACGUCGAUAGCUUUCAA